CUGACAACUUCUUUAUCAUCCAAACCACAAAAACCUCAAAACUCUCUUUUGUUGUUCAUCUUCGAUACUAAACAUAUUCACGCGACAGUGUGAUGGGGUUCAAAGGGAAGGAAGCGUCGUCGUUUUUUAGGGAUUUUCUUGACGAGUGUGGUGGCUCCGCCGUCAUUGACGGUGGCUUUGCAACUGAAUUAGAACGUCACGGUGCAGACCUCAAUGACCAACUUUGGAGUGCCAAAUGCCUUGUUAGCUCAUCAUCACAUCUUGUCCGAAGGGUUCACCUAGAUUACCUCGAAGCAGGAGCAAACAUAAUAUUAACAGCAUCUUAUCAGGCCACUAUUCAAGGUUUUGAGGCUAAAGGGUUCUCUAGAGAAGAAGGUGUAACUAUGCUCAGAAGAAGUGUAGAGAUUGCACGUGAGGCUCGAGAAAUUUAUCAUGAUAGGUGUACCAAAGAUUCUUCUGACUUUAUGAGAAAUGAAAGAUAUAGGAAACGUCCCAUUUUAAUUGCUGCUUCUGUGGGAAGCUAUGGAGCGUAUUUGGCAGAUGGCUCUGAAUAUGUUGGGGACUAUGGUGAUUCUGUUACUGUCCAGACACUGAAAGAUUUUCAUAGGGAAAGAGUAAAGAUUCUUGUUGAUGCUGGAGCUGACUUAAUAGCCUUUGAAACAAUUCCAAAUAAGCUGGAGGCACAGGCUUAUGCUGAACUUCUCGACGAAGAAGGCAUAGAAACUCCUGCGUGGUUUUCUUUUAGUUGCAAGGAUGAAAGUAAUGUGGUUAGUGGUGAUUCUAUCUUUGAAUGUGCUUCAAUAGCUGAUUCAUGCAGACAAGUUGUUGCAGUUGGAGUUAACUGUACUGCUCCUAGAUUUAUUCAUGGAUUGAUUUCAUCUGUUAAGAAGGCAACAAGUAAACCAGUACUCGUAUAUCCCAACAGUGGAGAGACUUACAUUUCAGAGAGCAACCAGUGGGUGAAAUCAAGUGAGUCAGAGGAUGAUUUUGUACCCUACAUAAGCAAGUGGCGUGAUGCCGGAGCUUCUCUUUUUGGUGGCUGCUGCAGGACUACUCCCAACACUAUCAGAGGCAUAGCUGAGGCAAUAUAUGGGAAAGUUCAAGACAAAUGUAUAUAACUGUUGAAGUAUCUUUUUAUCUGUGUAAUGAAAAAAACUAUAAUAAUCCAAACGAGAUGUCUAACUUUCUGCCUUAAACUUCCAUUUUCUUUCUUGGUAUGCA